GUAUUUCCAAUGCAUGCCUAUUUCACAUAAUUUAACAUCUCUUGAUCAAUAACAGAUGCUGGCAGGUCGUGUUCAUGAAAUGAUACUGCGCCACAAAAUUAUCCGAGAAUUGGGAUCUCUCAUCAACUUCUUUGAAUUCGACUAGGAACUAUCAGUACUUGUGGACCUUGACUCGAAAUGUCGGACAAUAGUGCUGCGCUAGCUUAAAUAGCGAGCUUAAAUCUCGUCUUCUUGAUCCCAAAGUCCACCUUUCUUUUCUAUCUCCCUAGGAAGGCCCCAUCAUGGCCAAUAAUGUUGACGCCACUGCGUCAGUGACAGACACAACUCCUGGCAACUGUGGCUUGUCCGCCGACCUCAAGUUCACCCCACACACAGUUUGCUCCACUGUUGUCAACGAACACAUUGAUACUCUAAGUGUCAAAAAGGCACUAGGAAUCGACAACGCGGACAGCCGGGUCAUACGUAUCAUCGUGCUCAGAAAGCUUGAUCCAAUCACGACGCUGAGCGACAAAGAGUUCCUCCUCGCAUGGUGGGAAGUCGUCAAGUGCCAUCGCGUCCUCUGGAAGAGGGGCGUGCAUCACCGCAACGUCAGCCCCAGUAAUAUUAUGGGAUACCGCUUCGGUGGUCGAUUUAUCGGCGUCCUUAACGAUUUUGACUUAUCAUCGAUCAUACAAUCAAUAUCCUCCAUUCAAGACGCUCCCAAAGGCUUCGAGCGCACAGGAACGGUACCCUUCAUGUCGCUACACCUUCUCACGCGGAAAGCCAUUGCAGGCCAAGUCGAGCACUUGUACUAUCAUGAUGCUGAAUCGUUCAUUUGGGUCCUCACUUGGAUUUGUCUUCGAUAUGAAAAUGGUGAACUCCUCAGGAGGAACAGACCACUCGAUGAAUGGUUGACAGUGGACGCCAGGGGGUGCCAUCAGAAAAAAGCAGGUUAUCUGGCAACGGUGGACGAAAUAUGCCCAACGCGGUCGCAUGAAGCGAACUUCAAAGUUGUCAUGCGUUGCUUAGAGGUGAUUCACAAAUAUUUAGGACCAUUCACGUCCGUUCCAGCGGACGAUGAAGUGGUAUUCAAGACAUGGCUCCUGAACCAUGUGCCCAAGAAUGUACUUGAAGGCAAUAUUUCUUUGAUAGAGUAGGUAUACUUGCAGUUGAGGCAGCGUGCCUCCGAAAUGUGAUGUCACAUACAAUCUUGUAUAUUCGAUGCAGAACAAACAUCAUGCAC